AUGCUGGACGCAGCACCGGAGCACGGAGAGGAGGAGGUGGUGGCUGUCGGUUGCGCUCCUAGCCGACGGAACCUGAGCCGGGUGGGCGGGAGCCUGCACGCAGUGUGACUAGGAAGGGAUUAGAAGGAAGGGCGCGAUCCUUUCCUUUCCCCUCUGCUUGCCAGGAGGGCAGGGGAUUUUCCUGCUCUUUGUUGCGUUUGAGCAAACACAGCAACCGAAAACAGAAGCGGGUGGGCAGUAAGACCCUGAGGCAGAAUGCAGGAAAGCAGCAGCUUCGCUUCUGCAGCCUUCCCUCCUCCGUGCGAUCUGAUUUUUGCCCCUGCACUCGGGCUAGUCGGCUCCAGGGACCACACGUUCGCUCAAUAACACGCACAGACAUUUCCCCUUACUUUGUAGGAGAAAAAAUGUGCGCCUUAUAGAGAGAAAAAUACGGUAUUUGAAGAUCACCAUGUGGCAUUCCAUUCAUUCCCCCAAAAGCUUAAUACCAGUCAUUAAAAUACACACAAAAAUACCCAGUUUUGUUAAAACAUUAAAAUAUGCAUCCAUAAUUAAAAAUGUACAGCAAAACAAUUACAUUAAAACAAAACAGCAAUGAACAGGCAGAAAACAACAGAGCAAUGUGUAGUAGAUAAUCUGUAUGUUGUCUAAGAAGGGGACCUUUCCCUUUUUAUUUUAGGGUCUGGUGUGCUUUGAAGAUGUAGCUGUUCAUUUCACAGAUGAGGAAUGGGAGUUGCUGGAUCCUGACCAAAGAGCUCUGUAUAAGGAAGUAAUGGAGGAGAAUCGUGGGAUCAUGGAUUCUCUUGGUAAGGCUGCCUUUUGGAUUACAAUAUCUCUUUUGGAAUUCUUUUUGAAAUUCAGUCCCUGAGGCUGUGAUCCGUUUCUUUUUGUUGCAGAUGGUGAUGAAUCAGAAAGGAAGAAUGAGGGACACCAAAUCUACACAAUGGAGAAGCGGUAUCAAUAUUUGGAGCGUAUAGAAAACUUCAGAAGAAUUCAUACAGGGGAGAAACCCUAUCAGUGCUUGGAAUGUGGAAAGAGCUUCAGUCGGAAGGAUCAUCUCACUUUUCAUCAAAGAAUUCAUACAGGGGAGAAACCAUAUCAGUGCUUGGAAUGUGGAAAGAGCUUCAUUCAGAAAUCCUAUCUCCGUUCCCAUCAAAGAAUUCACAGCGUGGAGAAACCCUAUAAGUGCUUGGAAUGUGGAAAGAGCUUCGCUUGGAAGGUCAAUCUAACAGCCCAUGAAAGAAUUCAUACAGGGGAGAAACCAUAUCAGUGCUUGGAAUGUGGAAAGAGCUUCAGUUGGUACUACAAUCUCAGUUCUCAUCAAAGAACUCACGGCAAGGACAAAUCGUAUCAGUGCUUGGAAUGUGGAAAGAGCUUCAGUCGGAAGGAUAAUCUCAAUCUUCAUCAAAGAAUUCAUACAGGGGAGAAACCAUAUCAGUGCUUGGAAUGUGGAAAGAGCUUCAUUCGGAAAUCCUAUCUCCGUUCCCAUAAAAGAACUCACAGCGUGGAGAAACCCUAUAAGUGCUUGGAAUGUGGAAAGAGCUUCGCCUGUAAGGUCAGUCUAACAGCCCAUGAAAGAAUUCAUACAGGGGAGAAACCAUAUCAGUGCCUGGAAUGUGGAAAGAGCUUCAUCCGGAAGAUAAGUCUCACAGGCCAUCAAAGAACUCACAGCAAGGAGAAUCCCUAUAAGUGCAUGAAAUGUGGAAAGAGCUUCAGUCAGAAGCAUCAUUUCACUCUUCAUCAAAGAAUUCAUACUGGAGAGAAACCAUAUCAGUGUUUGGAAUGUGGAAGGAGCUUCACCCGGGAGGACAGUCUGACUUCCCAUCAAAGAAUUCAUACAGGGAGAAAUUAUAUCAGUGCUUAGAAUGUGGAAAGAGGUUCAGUCAGAGUGCCCAUCUCACAACCCAUCAAAGAAUUCAUACAGGGGAGAAACCAUAUCAGUGUUUGGAAUGUGGAAAGAGCUUCAUCCAGAAAAGAAGUCUCACAGGCCAUAAAGUAAUUCAUACAGGGGAGAAACCAUAUCAGUGUUUGGAAUGUGGAAAGAGCUUCAUCCAGAAAAGAAGUCUCACAUCCCAUCAAACAACUCAUACAGCGGAAAAGGCAUUUCAGUGCUUGGAAUGUGGAAAGAGCUUCAUUCGGAAGGAAAGUCUGACUUCCCAUCAAAGAAUUCACAGCGUGGAGAAACCCUAUAAGUGCUUGGAAUGUGGAAAAAGCUUCAGUCAGAAGAGCAGUCUCACUUCACAUGAAAGAAGUCACAGCGAGAAGAAAGCAUAUCAGUGCAUGGAAUGUGGGAAGAGCUUUAGCCGGAAGGAUUGUCUGGCUUCACAUCAAAGAACUCAUACAGGGGAGAAGCCCUUUGAGUGCUUGGAAUGUGGGAAGAGCUUCAUUCAAAGAGCAGGUCUCGUGUACCAUCAAAGAAUCCAUACAGGGGAGAAGCUGUUUGAGUGCUUGGAAUGUGGGAAGAGCUUCACUCAUAAAGCAGAUUUCAUGCGGCAUCAAAGAAUCCAUACAGGGGAGAAGCCCUUUGAGUGCCUGGAAUGUGGGAAGAGAUUCAGUCAGAGAAUUGGUCUCGUGUCCCAUCAAAGAACCCAUACAGGGGAGAAGCCCUUUGAGUGCUUGGAAUGUGGGAAGAGCUUCACUCAUAAAGCAUCUCUCAUGCGGCAUCAAAGAAUCCAUACAGGGGAGAAGCCCUUUGAGUGCUUGGAAUGUGGGAAGAGAUUCAGUCAGAGAAUUGGUCUCGUGUCCCAUCAAAGAAUCCAUACAGGGGAGAAGCCAUUUCAGUGUUUGGAAUGUGGAAAGAGCUUCACACAGAAGUUAAAUCUCAGUUUCCAUCAAAGAAUUCAUACAGGUGAGAAGCCAUUUCAGUGCUUGGAAUGUGGAAAGAGCUUCAGUCGGUACUCCCAUCUCAGUUCGCAUCAAAGAACUCAUAGCAAGGACAAACCAUAUCAGUGCAUGGAAUGUGGAAAGAGCUUCGCUUGGAAGGUCAAUCUAACAGCCCAUGAAAGACUUCAUACAGGGGAGAAACCAUAUCAGUGCUUGGAAUGUAAAAAAAGGUUCAGUCAGAGCGCCCAGCUCUCCGUCCAUCAAAGAAUUCACACAGGGGACAAAUGA